AGCAUCCCGAGACACUGGAUAGUGUUGGAUUCUUACCAACUAAAAAACCCCCAUUUUGGAACUGCAAGUUUUCAGAAGUUUCUUCUUUGAAACUUGUGGUUCCGUCUAAGAAUGCGUCAGAUCCGGCAUCCGUAUGCCAUCACAUCACAUUCUCUCCACACUAGCCGCUUGCUAGAAUGGGCAUCUUAACCAUAGAGAAAGUAAAAUUAUUAUUAUAUUAUUAUUAAACAAUUAUUUUACUUAUUCUAUGGUCUUAACUAACUAACCAGAGACAAGUAACUUGUGAGCUCUGUUGUGAGUAACUUGUCUCUGUCUGUAACUAACUAGUAAAUAGAAGUUUGUUUUGAUUAACGUAACCUCAAACUAACUUGCGCAUGUCAUUUAAGCAAGGAGCCGAUUGCGAUAUAUGCGCUAGUUCUAACCAUAAGCCUUGUUCUAUGGUUCUAACCUACUCGUCUUUAUCUAUGGAUCUAACCUGGUUUAUUAUGAUUAAAACAAAACAGAGUUUCGGUUUUUACAGCAGCAAAACUACUUUUUACUUUUUAAGUCCUAUGGUUUAGUUCAUAAUGUAACACAUGAUAUGUUUCUUCAACUAAUUAAUCUCAAAAUACAAGGAAGAAAACUUCGUAAAAUUCUAAUUUUCUGCAUAGUUAUUGGGGCCUGCAUGUCAGCUGUGCUAUUGAAUCGACAUUUAAGGCAAAUACAUAAACAAAGUAUUCAAUAAAAAUGCCAUUCACUGCAGACGCAGUUGCUGCACAACAAGUACAAGAAAGACUAAAGUCUUUAUUUACCAUAGUUCAGGAUAUUGAAAAGAAAAGGAAUAUUUGUGAGCAAAGUAUAAAUACCUUGCAAAGAUAUAGCAAUGAUGAUAAAGGACAGAAUAUUCAGAAAACGAAGUCACUUAUUAAAACUGCAAUGACUCAGACUGAAGCAGAAAGGGAUGUAAUUGAGAAAGCUUUGCAAAAAAUCCAUGAAAUUAGGCACAUAAAAAAUGAGAGAAGAAUUCAGGCUCGAAUAUCUGCUGCUAACAAUGAGUCAAUUCGGAUUGGAACUUGGAUGAAAAUGUUGCAAAGUUCAGCUCAAACUUUGCCACUAUUUGUCGGAAAAUUAGGAGAGAAGGCUCCUCCAUUAUGUGGUGCAAUACCUGCAGAGAGAAGCUAUAUUGCGAAAGUGGGAGAGAUGGUUGCUGCUUUAGUUCCUGGAAAGGGAGAUGAGAAGAUAUGGAUUUUGGCAGAAGUAGUUUGCUACAGCGUCGGCGCUGCUAAGUAUGAAGUUGAUGAUAUAUUAAAAGAGCAAAAUCAAAAAGGAAGACAUUCGCUAAGCAAAAGUAGAGUUAUACCGUUACCGCUGAUGCGGGCUAAUCCUGAUACUAAUCCGGAAGCCCUUUUCCAACACAGAACAUUGGUUAUGGCGCUUUUUCCUCAAACAACUUGUUUCUACAAAGCGCUAAUCAAUAAACCUCCAACCAGUCAUUUAGACGAAUAUGAAGUGUUAUUUGAAGAUCCAUCUUACCCGGAAGGAUUCAGUCCGCCUCUAAGCGUCGCGCAACGUUAUAUUAUUCCCUGCAAACAGAAUAACCGAGGAAGUUCUACUGUGGCUGCCACUUUGCCAGUUGACGAAGAGAGUGAUAGCGAAUCGGACGCAGCUUUGUCCAGAUAGACCAAACUUAAGAUAUAAUUGAUAUAUUUGUUUAACCUAGAUAUACAGGGUGUGCCGUAAGCACGUGAUUAAAAGGGUACUGCGAUAUUCUUUG